UUAUCCAGCAGUAUGCCAUCAGAUCUCGAGCUAACUGGAAGCGUACAACUCCUCGAGCAGUUUAGCUUAGCGUGUCGCGUGUUUUCCUAAGCUUUUUCUCGCGUUGAGCGCGGUUGUUCAAAAACGUUAAUUGUGUUGUGUUGUUGGGUUGGCUCAUUUUUUCCACCAUGUGGUGGCUGUGGUUGGUGCUAACGAGCACAGUUUCGAUUCUGAGUGCCGUGAUCUAUUGGUGGUAUCGAGUUCGUUAUGCAUUCGCGGAUAAGUGGCCAACGAUGGAAUCGACCUAUCCGCUGGUCGGAAAUGGACCGGUGAUGAUGGGCAAAAGUGACACCGAGCGGUUUGAGAUCAUUAAGCAAACGUACGCCUCGACGGACCGGAUCCGGAAGGCCUGGGCUGGACCCAAGUUGUUGCUGCUGGUGACGCAUCCGGAUUUGGUGCAGCAGCUGCUGACCGACCCGAUCUGUUUGGAGAAACCGUUCCUGUAUCGGUUCGCUGGAUUCGAGCAGGGAUUGUUUACGGCCAAGUAUCACACCUGGAAGACGAUGCGCAAACGGUUGAACCCGUGCUUCAACAUCAAAAUCAUCCACGGUUUCAUCCCGAUCCUGGCCCGGUGCGGUAUCAAGAUGGGCCGCCGGCUGAACGAAUUUCCGGACGGAACCGUCGUCAAUAUUCACAAAUUUACCGCCCUCUGCACCCUGGAAAUGGCCUGUGGGACAACCCUGGGGCGUAACGUUCUGGAUCGGGACCAAAAGCGGAAGCUGGAAUUCGAACACGGGCUGGAUACAGCCUUCCGGAUUGCAUCUCAUCGUAUGAUUACGAUUCAGUAUUAUUCGGAUUUCGUUUUUCGACUGUCGAAACUGCACAAAGAGCUGCAAGACGCCCGGAAAGCUGUUGUCGAUUUUUUCCUAGAUCUCGUGAAUGAAAGAAGGCAGAGUUUACAGAAGCCGAAAUUGAUUGAUAGCAACAAUAACAUUGAAACCAAUAAUAAUACUAAACAUGUCAACAACAACCUCGAAGACAGCGGUGAAGAUUUGGUGCGGAAGCCUAAAAUUCUGGUGGAUCAGUUACUGAUGGGCUCAUCGGAUGGAACCCCGUUCAGUGAUCAGGAAAUUACCGACAAUAUCUAUGCAGUCAUCAGUGGGGCCGUUGACACUUCCGGUUUGAUAACGGCUCACGCCUGCCUGUUCCUGUCGUUCUACCCGGAAGUUCAGAAACGCCUGUUUGCCGAAAUCAACGAACACUACCCAGCCGAUUGCACCGAUCCAGACUUUUCCCCGGAAACACUCAAACAGCUCGAGUACACCGAGAUGUUCCUCAACGAAGUGCAACGACUCUGGACCGUGGUGCCGUACGUGGCCCGGGAAAAUACGGCUGAAAUCGAAAUCGACGGGAUCAAGGUGCCCCCAGGGAACGUUUUCGUCAUGAGCCUGUUUGCCGUCCAUCGGAGGACGGACAUAUGGGGACCCAACGCGGAACAAUUCGAUCCGGAGAAUUUUUCCAAAGAACGGAUGCGGGAUCGACAUCCGUUUGCGUUUUUGCCGUUUAGCGGUGGAAAUCGGAUUUGCGUGGGAUGGCGAUACGCCCAGUUCGCGUUGAAAAUCAUUAUGAUCAAUUUGGUGCGGAACUUCGAGUUUAAUUCCAAAAUUAAACCGGAAGACAUACGAUUCCUGCACGAUCUGACGCUGAAGUUGCCAUUCGAACACGCCGUGAAGUUAACGAAACGGAAUCCAGCUGCCUGGAGCUAGGGCCUUUGUAGGCCUGGACCUGCGUUGCUUGCUUCCUAUCCCCCAUGUUGAAUGGAUAUUUGUGAUGGGCGAGAAUAUUCAUCAGGAACACCACGGAUUCUCAUUGGGUAUUUUUUC